UCGAUAGGAAAAUCUUCUGCGGCACAGUAGGACUUGGCGCAUGCUACGGAUGAGAUAAAUAGAAGCAGAAGCCGCCGCCCUUCCGAUCCAAGUCAGAGAACCACUCAAGCAAGUGUGAUAUAAGUUACGACUCGUCCACUCUUCACAACACCCCAGCAUAACACAAUGUCUUACCCCCAUGGUGGUGCCUUCGGUGCCGGCCUGAACAACUGGGCCGGCGUCCAACUCGGUUCGCGCGCCGAGCCCGUCGCAUACCCGCACCUGCACGCUCGAAACGACUCGAGCACCGGCAACCAGACAGACACUGUAAACCUCUACAUCGAUUCCGGGGGCAACACCGAGUACGAGUACGCCGCAUCCAUCGUCACGGCCUGCGCCGACCAGACGGUCUACGCCGCCCGAUGCACCGCCGGACCCUCCACAACGUAUGUGCCAGGUUUGGGAAACAUAGAUUCGGGCUGCGGCAGCGACGGACCUGUCGUGACCCUUACCGAGGGCCCAUCCAAGUACAUCGUCUCGACGGCGACGUCUACCUCGACGCGGGGCACGGGCGUGGCGAUCACCAUCGCGGAGACAUGCGCGCUGAGCGGCACGACGGCGGCCGUCUGCACGGCGACGGUCUUCGCUACCGUCGGCCAGACCUCGACGUCGACGACGUCGACCACCACCGCCACGGGCACCAGCUAUGCUCGCUACGACGUCGCCAUCACGGCCGGCGCCGACAAGACCAAGAACCCCGCGGCUACGUGCGCCGCUGCUAACGCCGCUCCUGGGUUGAGCGCCAAGGGGGUGGCUGUCUGGGCCCUGGCCGGGUUUGCCGGUUUGGCUGGCUUCUUGGCUAUGUAAAAGACCGGGGGCUUUGUUAUGAUUAUGUA